AUGUCUAUCUCAUCUAAUGUCAACUCGAAAGACAAGAUUUUCGCUCGCGAUAAAGUAUUCUGGGACAAUUACCUGAAAGGUCGACCGCAAGCUCCCGAGAACUUCUUCAACCGCAUCUUCAACUACCAUCAAGAGCAUUCUGUGGUCUUUGGAAUUGUCCAUGAUGUAGGAGCCGGAAAUGGUCCAUAUGCUCAGAAGCUACGGUCAAGAUUUCAACAUGUCAUUGUAUCAGACAUUGUUGAAGAGAAUGUUCGGCUGGCAGAGGAGCGACUGGGCACUGAUGGAUUCACUUACCGGGUAGCCAAGCUAGAGGAAACGGACGAUAUACUCAAUGGUAGCGUGGACUUGGUCUUCGCAACGAAUGUAUUGCAUUUUCCAGAUCAGCAACUGGUGACGGCGGCAAUCGCGAAACAGCUCAAGGCUGGUGGAACAUUUGUCGGCGCUGGGUUUGGACCUGCCACCUUUGAUGAUGCGCAUGUUCAAGAGUUAUGGGCCCGUCUCAUGCAUCAAGGGGGCCGUGUCUUUCUGAAGAGAGCAGAUAAGCCCGAGCAAACGAUUACCGUGAUGUCAAGGAGUCGGGAUGAAUACAACGUUGCGCCGUUGGAUGAGAAGUUCUUCUUGCCUAGAGCGAAACGCAUCCAUUUGAAUAUGGAGAAAGGCGGUCUGACCAGCCUCUUACCACCGGAGGAUUUGGGUAAAGUAACCGAGCCAACUCAUACUGGCGUGGAUGAUGUUGUAUCUUUCGAGAAGGAAGAAGGGUGGAAUUUCGAGGCAGAUUUGAACUGGAUCAAAGAGCACUUUGGAAUAUUUCCGGUUGCCGGUCUUGAUCCCACCGCUUUCACAGAGCUGUGGCAAGAAUUUGAGGACUUAUUUCGAGAUGGGAAAACAGUCAAAGGUCGUUUCCCAGCCAAGAUCAUUUUAGCAACACGGCGUUAGGUAC